AUGAAAGCAAAUCAGUCACUGUUUGACAUUAACUUUUUACAUUAUUGCAGAAUAUAUUUAUCGAUAUUAGCCAAUAGUGGAGGUUUACCAAUAGACACUAGGAUAUUAGCAGAAGCUGUAGAUAAUAUUGAAGAUAAACAUAGUUUAUACGCAGAAUACUUUGCUUUUCAGAUCGCUGGCGCAGCUAAUAAUUUUCAAUAUCAAGUUGCUGUAUUAUGUGAUAAGUGCAUUUCGUCAAGUGAACCUGAUCAAAUUAUAAAAUCAUUUUUAAAAAUUAGUGAUACAAUUCAAAUUUAUAGAUCAGUUCGAGGGUACCCAUGGGUAACAGAUAUAUUUACUUUUAAAUUAAAUAAUGAUAAUGAUAUACCAAUAGCAUUGUUUAACUGUUUAGAGAAUAUAAAUACAAAAAUAGCGUUCUUAGUUGAUACCGUUUCUGAAACUUUUCUUAAAAACGGAUGUUUCAAUACAAAUCCAGAAUUGAUUCCAUUAGUCGUAUUAUUACAUUUUGGAAUUUACAGAAAAUUACUACCUGAAUUAGUAGAAAAAGCAUUGUAUCAAUUAGCUGAAUUUUAUGAUGAAAAAAGUUAUGAAUUGUUAAAUGAAUCUUUUAUAUUAACAAAAAAAUAUUCAAGAGCCAACUUUAAAGUUUCAAAUAUUGGAAAAUUUUUUAGUAUUGUUCAUUACAAGGAAGUAGAUCGCAAAUUCUUCAUUCAAAAGAUUGUUGACGAGUUAAUUUUAAUAUUUGACGAUAGUGAUGAUCUUCAUAAUCGAACUAUCGCAUCGAUAAGAUUAUCAUUUUAUGGAUCAGGAGAAUUUCGAAAAAAGUAUUUAGCUAUUGCUAUAGAAACACUUGACCGAAUGAAUGAAGAUAAUGAUAAAAUCAAAUUAAUCAUUAAAAUGAAACCAUUAAUUAGUAUUUAUGAUGAUCUUCUAAUCAAACUGAAUGGAAUGAUAGAAACGCUCAAGAACAAAAUGCAUAAUUAUUGUGUCAAUUCUUAUUAUGGAAGAAUAUUAUUUACUGAAACAUUACAAAUUUCUCAGUCAAACUUAAAUUUAGAUAUAAGUCAAGAUUUAGAAAAUGAGAAUAAUAACAAACAAAUUGUCGAUAUUCCAAAUUAUACGGAGCUUCAAUCUUUAUUUGUGUUGGUUGCACAAUUGCAUGAUACAAUAUUAGUUAUUGAUAAAACCGAUGACAUCGAUCAAUUAUGGAUUAACCUUUUUAAAGAUACUGAUAAUCAGUCAAAUAUAAAAAAGAUAUUAAACAUUGGUUUACAUGAUUAA